AUGUCAAAAAUAAACCAAAUGAUCAAGAUAGCGAUACUAAUAAUAAUAACAAGACCUGUGCACAGCAAAGACCCGGUGAGAUUAAAGAAAAUUGAUGACCAACUACUGAAAAAAUUUGAUCAAGGAUUGAUACACACUUUAGCUUAUCAUUACUUAUGGCCAUUUACAAAUUUAGUUCAAACUGCAGAAACAGACGAGGGCCUAGAACUUCUUCAAAUACAGUCGGACAACAAAAGAUAUGAGAUAAAUUUUAAUGUUAAGAAAUUCAAACCUGAAGAAUUAAAAGUUAAAGUGAAUUAUCAUUAUAUAACAGUGGAAGGGAAACACAAAGAGAUGUAUGCUCAAAGACCAAUUCUAACUAAUCACUUCAAACAGCAGUUUGAUCUGCCAGUAGGUAGCAAACCUGAGGAAGUGACGGCAAUUUUGAACGCAACAAGAAUCUUAACUGUGUCAGUGCCGAAGCAUGAUGUACCUCCCCCACUGCCUGAAAGGGAAGUUCCUAUUGAAGUAAGAUUACCAGAUCCGACCACUACUACUGAAAUGUCCACAGAUGGUGAUGAAGAUUUAGAACCAGCUCCACAAGAAGAGAUUGAAGAUAUAAAAGAAAGGAAAAAGAAAGAAUUGUUGUCUGUGAAAAAAGGAAAUGAAGUCGCUAUAAAUGGGGAGAAUGACUUGGAUAAUGUUAUUGAUACACAAACUGAGGAACUAAUAAUGGUUUAA